GUCAGGCGUGGUCGUUAGUUCGGGUCGAGUGUGUCGUUUGAGAGCUAGUGCUUGUAACACUGGAUCAAAGCAUCUCCCACCCCAUUUCCUCAGUAAAACUCAAACAUUGAGCGAAAAACAGUCAAUUUCGGGAUAAAUUUUGUGGAAAAUAGGCAAUAAGUUUUGUGAAAAAACGCAUCGGCGAGAGAUAUUGCUGACAACAAUGAGCCGAGUGCGAGGUUUCGUGGCUGGUUUGGCCGGUUCGACGUGAAUCAUCGCCCGGCGUAAUAUCCCACCAGAUCCGAGAGAGAGAGAGAGAGAAAAAAGUUACUGAGACAUUAAUGAACCCGUGAAUUGAUUAGUUUGUGAUAACAGUGGGUGAUUGUGUUGUUUCGUUGUUAACGAAAGGCAGGAGUGGCGAAAUUUCUUUGAUAGAGCGAUGAUAUGAGCCCCCCGCGUCUCCAGUCCCGGAUCUCAGCGUGAAGAAGAUAAAAAUAAGAGCAAAGACUCGAGCCAGAAAAAGACUAGAGAAAAAAAAAAUUGAAAACCGAAAGGAAGCGAUAAAAUGUCAACCGAGAAUCAUAACGGUGGCCAUGCGAAUGGCGCCAUAAAAUCGCCGAUUGGUCUCGCAUCGACAGUUCCAACAACCACACAAUCAACAACAUCAACAACAAGAACUCUCCCGAACAAUGCGUCAUUCUUGUACUCGAGCAAUUCAUCGAUAAAUCGUGAUAAACCAAGACAGGUGCCGCCACCAACAUUGCCAAAGUAUACGUCGAGUUUUAGCACUGGAACCAAUGGAACAACGGACAGAUUAACGAGGGAUCGUGAGUCGGGGGGAAGUUACAGACUUGCGAGUCUCGAUAGACUUGCAUUGAGGCACAGAAUACUCGAUGGUGGAGAGAAACAAAACGGCGAUAGUGGAAAUGCGAUGCAAACAAAGCGAGAGUUGUUCUUUAAAUCGGAAACAGGAGUGCUGACAACAUCCCCAUCAGUGCCAUCAGUACCUCCACCCCAGCCCCCAGCAACUGGAAUAACAACGUCGACAACAGUACCCCCAGCCACUGCUCCCCCAACAGCGCCCAUAAAGCCGAGACUACCUCCAACAAAUGUGACCUCGAAUCAGACCGAUGCAUCUGAGGACAGCAACAAACGAGAAUCCAGAUAUGACAGUAACAAAGAGGCCAGUGUGCAGUUGCAUCCACGCCCAGCGAUACCCACAAAGCCCAAAGAGCUCGAUGGAUAUGUUGGCUUCGCCAAUUUGCCGAAUCAGGUCUACAGGAAAGCUGUCAAGAAGGGAUUCGACUUUACACUGAUGGUUGUUGGAGAGUCUGGUUUGGGCAAAUCGACACUGAUAAACUCAAUGUUCCUGGCUGAUAUAUACAGUGCAGAGUAUCCUGGACCUAGUCUGAGAGUCAAGAAAACUGUUGCUGUGGAAACGACGAAAGUCUUACUGAAGGAGAAUGGAGUCAAUCUCACGUUGACUAUUGUUGAUACACCUGGGUUUGGGGAUGCAGUCGAUAACAGCAAUUGUUGGGUACCAGUAAUCGAAUACAUCGAAUCAAAAUACGAGGAAUUUUUGAAUGCCGAGUCGCGAGUGAUUCGACGACAAAUACCAGACAGUCGUGUGCAUUGCUGUCUGUACUUUGUAUCGCCAACGGGUCAUGGUUUGAAGCCACUCGACGUUGAAUUUAUGCAGCGGUUGCACGACAAAGUUAAUAUUAUACCAGUCAUAGCCAAGGCUGACACCAUGACUCCGGACGAGUGUGCGCACUUCAAGAAACAAAUACUCAACGAGAUAGCACAGCACAAGAUUAAGAUAUACGAGUUUCCGGAGGUGGAGGAGGAGGAGGAGAACAAAUUGCAUAAAGUACUGAGGGACAGAGUGCCAUUUGCGGUUGUUGGGGCUAAUACUGUUGUGGAGCAUGAGGGAAAGAAGGUUCGGGGGAGGAAGUAUCCUUGGGGUGUUGCUGAAGUGGAGAAUCUGGAACACUGUGACUUCAUUGCACUGAGAAAUAUGGUGAUAAGAACUCAUCUCCAAGACCUCAAGGAAGUAACGAAUAAUGUACAUUACGAGAACUUCCGCUGUCGCACACUCGCUGGACUAGGUGUCGACGGAAAACCCACGAGAAUUUCGAACAAGAAUCCCCUGGCACAACUGGAGGAGGAGAAACGUGAGCACGACAACAAAAUGAAGAAGAUGGAAACAGAGAUGGAGCAGGUGUUUGAAAUGAAAGUUCGUGAGAAGAAGCAGAAGCUUAAGGAUUCAGAGGCAGACUUGCAGAGACGACAUGCCCAAAUGCGUUCAUCACUGGAGCAACAGUUGCGGGAGCUCGAGGAAAAAAGACGAGCAUUUGAGGGUGAAAAACAAGUCUGGGAGCAACAAACUGGCCACAGUAUUGAUGAAUUGCGCAGACGUAGCUUGGAAGCCAACUCAAAAGAGACUGUCGACGGCAAGGAUAAAAAGAACAAGAAAAAGGGGCUCUUCUAAGGGACCUCAAGCCCUCGAGGAAUCGAAAAAAAAACCGAAGAGACGGGUCUCACGCAACGGCUGUUUCCCCUCGCACGAUUUAUUAAACAAGUCUUUACUGCAUAGUAAAAGAGAUGAAGAAACCCACAAAACGUAAUCACUGAAUGUAAAAAAACAAUUUGAUAUAAUAAUCUUUAAAUGAUUUUUGUACAUGACGACUUAUCUUUAGAGAGAAGAAAAUAGUUUGACAUUCAUCAUUUUUAUUCAGUCGAAUAGUGAACUGACGAUGGGGUGAGGAACUAAAAGAGAAGAAUAAUAGCAAUAAUUAAGAAAAAAAAGUAAUAACAUUAAUUAACUCUCAUGGAGUGCGUCUGAUUCAUCAAUCUCUUCCAAUAAUCAGCAAUUAAUUAAUUGUGAGGAUCAGUAACUAUUUUAUUUAUGUUAAUUGUACAUGUAAAUCUGAGAAUUAAUUAUUUACAAUGACAGAUUGUCUUGUGUUGGUGGUUUUUUUAGGGUCGAGUGACUGUUUGAGGCAGACGUGUGCUUAAUUUAUCAUUCCUUGGAAUUUCGCGACAAUUAGGAUUAUUUAUGGAGAAUUAAAUUGAAGGAAUAUGUGCCAAAAAUGGUUUGAGAGAGUGGGAAAGGGGGAGUUUUUUGGAAGAGGCUUGAGGGAAGGGGUUGGAGAGAUUCAAUCGCUUCUUUUGGAAUUUUGGUUCUGGGGAAUUUUUUUAAUUGAGGGACAGCACCUUUUUUAGGCUUCGAAGUCAUUCGUUGGCUGAGGUUUUCUGUUUUUUACAUUUUGUUUGACAUUGGAUUAUCUAAAUCGCAAGAUAAAUUUAAUUGAUGGAAAUGUCAAAUUUAAUUGACUACAUUUUCGUGUUUUUUUUACAUUUGGUUCAGUGUCAAAUUAUCUUUAUAAGGAGUAAUUUUAUCGAAAAAUGUCGUAAAACAUUUUUGUAGGAAAUUGUGUUCUCUGCAAAAAAGGUAUUCUGAUAUUUUCUCCUAGAACAAGUUUUUCCCGAGAUAAAGUCAAUCAACAAAAAUUUGUUUACAUUUUAUUGUUUUUACAUUUUAUUCUCGGUAACGAAAAUCCUUUGAUAUUUUACUCUAGAACCAUUCCUUGACAUUGGAUUAUCUAGGUAAUGGGCUCGUUUUCUUAAAAAAAAAUCGCAGGAUAAAUUUAAUGAAUGGAAAUGUCAAAUUUAAUUGACUACAUUUUCGUGUUUUUUUUUACAUUUUGUUCAGUGUCAAAUUAUCUUUAUAAGGAGUAAUUUUAUCGAAAAAUGUCGUAAAACAUUUUUGUAGGAAAUUGUGUUCUCUGCAAAAAAGGUAUUCUGAUAUUUUCUCCUAGACCAAGUUUUUCCCGAGAUAAAGCCAAUCAUUUUAUUCUCGGUAACGAAAGUCCUUUGACAUUUUAUUCUGAAACCAUUCCUCGUUGAGACACAUGCGAUCAACAAAAAUAUAUCAUUUGACUGAUUACAUUCGCCAGUUUUGCAUUUCACGUGAUAUUAAAUCAUCUCGAUAUCGCAGUUCAAUAAAAAAUGUCAAAGGAUAUUUUUACAGAAAAUUUCACCGCCACGAAAAAAAAAUCUGACAUUUCCUUUUAAAAUUCCUCAUUUCCAAGGUGAAUCCAAUGAACAAAAAUGUCAAAUGUCAGAUGUGACUGAUUACAUUUCUCAAUUUCCACAUUAUGUUUUAUUUCAAAUUAUCUCAAUGACCGUUGACGUUACAAAAAAAUGGCAGAAGACAUUUUUUAUAGAAAAUUUCAUUCCCUACAAAAAAGAUGAUGUGACUUUUUCUUCCAAAUCCAGCCCUUUUCCAGAAAUAAAUUCCUUAAUAAUAAAAAGAAGAAAAAAGAUGAUAAACAAAAUUCCUAUUAUCAAAACAAAAAUUCCAAACAUUUUGAAACGAUCCGGCAUAUGUAAUGAUGCUUCCCAUUGCUCGAUUACUCAACGUACAAAGAAAAAAAACGCAAAAUUAUGUUAUCGAAUGACGGAAAACGGCACAAUAUUGAACACGUCUUCAUUACCCAAUAAUUUCCGCAAAAACAUGAACAAUGAUCACGUUUUUUACCGCUUGAAUGAGUCGUCCAUACAUAACUAUAAUCAAACACGUAGCUAUAAAGUACAAAAGCACUAGAAGAAAUGAAAAAUAACGGAGGAAACAAAAUAAAUUACAAACGAGUCACGGAAAUUCGUUCAACUUCUGACGAGAUGAAAUGAAGAAAGGAGUGUCGAUGGCUCGACAAGUCCUGAUUUAGUAUUAUAAUGGUGAGAGAGCAAUUAAGUACAUAAGUUUCAUAUGAAUGAAGGGGUGAAUCGUCCCUGCGGAGUCAAAAGGGCGCAACAGAAGCAUUUAAAUAUGUCCAAAAAGUCUUUGUGAUGUCCCAAGAGUCCGUUCAAUCUUCGAUAUCUCAGGAUCAAAUGACGCGAUUUGAAUAUUUUUUCUUUCAUUUUGAAGAUGGAAAAAUUUUCUUCAGAAUGAAAGAAAAAUUAUUGAAAUUCACUCUGCCAAUCUGGAGAUAUUAGAGAUUGAAGACGAUCGAUUUUUUUUCGCUUUCCCAAUCUGUUGAAUUUUUUCAUCUCUGAUCUCUCCGGAAGGAGUGAUGCGAUUUGGAUAAUUUUUUUUUCAUUUUAAAGAAAAUUUUAUAAUCUUUGAAAUGAAAACAAAAACGUUGGAAUUCACUCAGCCGAUCGCGAGAUAUCGGGGAUUGAAGGGGAAAGUUUCAUUUUGACUGUGCAAAGACGAUUGAUCCUAGAUUAUAUUUUGCCGUGCCAGAAUAAAGCAACGCUGCCGCCAUUUCUUAAUGAAUAUUAGAUGUAUUAAUUGUAACGAUGUCCCGACGCCGCUGACUAGAAGAGAAAAAUCCGUAAUUAUGUAAUCGAUUGACGAGAUCUAUAAAAACGUAAAAUACAACUAUUACAUUUUA